AUGAACGUCUCGUCCACACGUAGAACCGACUGCUUCCUCAGUAAUGGCACUGGUAUCGUAGCUAUCCACAAUCUACUCUGGUUGAAAGAUAGGGCGCCAUGUCCUCUUGCUUUGGCAGGCGUUGCCACCAACCUCGAAAUCACCCACAUUCUCUUCCGCACUCUUCUCACCGCGUUUGCCCCGACCAACGGACAGCAAAAAUACUGGCGUUUCAAUAUUGAGGGAACGAUUGAGGAAAAAUAUGAUUACAAGGGCGUGGGAGAAUUGGACGAUGUCAAGGCUGUCAAAGAAUUAGUGAAAAGGGCUGCGCGACUAAUACCAUCAAACGAGGAUGACCUCCCUCUGGAGACAUCAUUGGUCAUUCCCGACUCGUAUGACGAACCUGAUGAAUCAGAUAACAUGUGA